AAUCGGGUCGCUGCUCAUUUUCUAACCAAUCACGUUUCGAGAACUUUAUCGACGCGCAUGCGGUUACUGACGUGUUGGCCACUGGCUAUAUAAGCGACUUCCAAGGCGUCUCGUCAAACAUUCGUAAAACAAAAUUUCAAGUGACAACGUCACCUCGAUAAUUAAGUGUAUUUCUUUGUGAAGCAUUACUAGUCAUAAAUAUGUCUGAGGCUUUCUUUGAUGAGUACGAUUACUACAAUUUCGACCACGACAAGCACAUUUUCUCCGGACACAGCGGCAAACAGCGUACUAAAAAGGAAGUAAACGAACACACCAACCAUUUCGAUCCAUCCGGUCAUUCGAGAAAGAUCGUUACCAAGUUGAUCAAUACAGAGAACAAUAAGAAGGCGAACAAGCAUUAAAUGGGUUUCUAGAUAACAAACGACUAUGGCUUGUAAACGGAACGUCGAUUUAAUGCCGAGCGAACGGAGGACAUUAUGGCGGAUACCCGAAGAAAGCACGGGUCGCUCGUCACUGGGAUCAGUGGAACAGCCGAGGUGGUUUUUGCUGACGCAGGGCUUCUACUACGCUCACUAUAAUGGAAGAUCGCGCUUGCGAAGCCGCCGUGCUUCGAAGCCGCUCCGAUGUAAACCGGGGUGAAUCUAUUUUAAACAACACCGUUCCAAUGACUGAUCUCAAUUCUACUCUGGGCUUGUUGUAAAGCUCACAAUCGCUGUGUUACUAAUUUCUAGAUAGAUUAUGUUAUGUUAUUGUAUCGUUUCGUGGUACGUGUAUAACUGUAAUAAUUUAAGCUAAAUAAAUUAAAAAAAUUAACGAAUGGAAUUUUAUUAUUAUUUGUUUACAAAGCGGAAAGCCAGUUACGAGGUUAUUGGCUUGCUGUAUACAUAUCAUUUGUAAGCUAUGUGCGAAUGGCGAUGUAAAAAUAUUGUUUAUAUACAAAAACAACCUUGAGUAAGGCAGACCGGACUGACUCACUGACGACCUUCAAUAGGUAUUAUCAAUUCUAUAUGCCAGUUCUUUUGCGUCUUAAAUUAAUACUGCUACCGUAAAUGUUUUGUUUUCUUUUUUAUUACAGAAACAUUAAUAUAGGAACUAACUAAAACUUAAUUUUAUAUAAAUAAAGUAAUUAUUACGAUUUAUAAUAAGUAGGAGUACUGACAAUUUACGUGGUGUAAAGGUAAAAGGAGAUAAGUCAAAAAUAUGAAAAAUGAAAUUUUUGCACCAUUGUUGGUACAAAAUAUUAAUUUCCCAUGGCAAAAGGGAGUUAAAUCAUUAGUGACUUAUAUUAGUAUAGUGAACAUAAAAUAGGCGAAUUACAAUUUUUCUAACAAAUCA